UGCUCUAUAUAUAUACAAACAAAUGAGCCUUUCAGAUAUAGACCCAGAAACCAACCCCCUUUCCCAUAUCAUAAAAGCUUUUCUCCAAUGACGACGAACAAUGAGCCGUCUAGCGUAGAGUCCGCAAUUGAAAUCCUCUCACGUUCCGUAAGAGAAAAGAUCAAAGCAAUUCAUCAGACAAACUAUUCGGAGGAUUCAUCGCUUUCUCAUCCGCUAUCGUUCCCUUGUAUUUACAAGGUCUCCAAAGAGCUUCGUAAACUAAACAAAAGGGCCUAUAACCCUUGGGUAGUCUCUAUCGGCCCAAUUCACAACAACAAUGACGAUGACAAAGAGGAACAACAUCUGAAAGAAAUGGAGCACAUCAAAGUGGCUUACACGGAAGAGCUACUUUGUCGAAUUGCCGGGAAAUCGGCUUCUCCGGAGGUUAAAGGAUAUUGGAUGGACAAAGCACUGAUGGAAUGUUCAGCCGCCAUGCUUCACUUAGCAGCCAGUGCCUUCAACUGCUAUGCCGAUAACCUGAAACCCAUCAUCGAGAAGAAGAUUCCUCAGCAUAGGCUAGCCGAGAUGUUGCUGAUCGACGGUUGCUUCAUACUCGAGCUUCUCUACAGGCUCAAUACCCAAGGUGACUCUGAUCAAAAAAAGGAAAUUACCCAAGGUGACCCUCUGUUGGGCAACAGUAUGAUCAUGUUGGGCAUCCAACACGACUUGCUACUUCUCGAGAACCAGGUUCCCUUCUUCAUCCUUAAGGAAUUGUUCAUUAAAACCAUCAAAACUAUCCCAGAUCAUCCACGGUCAUCAUGCCCUUCCCUUACCCAGUUUGUCCUAUCAUUGUUUGGCAAUGUGAUGGAUAUCAAUGAUGAUUAUUUUCAAAGUACAACCAUAAAUCUAGAAGAAGAUAAGUGUUUUCAUAUACUCCAUCUUAUACACAGUUGCUUCCUACCUAUCUCUUCUAACCAUGUAAAUCCAGAAGAAGAUAAGUGUUCUCAUAUACUCCAUCUCAUACACAGUUGCUUCCGACGUAUCUUUCCUAACAAUGCUCCAAAACCUUCCCACUUCUCGCAUCGCGCAUCGGACCUCGAUUGUGCUGGAGUCAAGUUUGAGCCCGAUACCGGCGUCGACUUCAAAGAAGCUUCCGGACUUCUAUGGUGGUGUAGUCGUGCUAAGUUCAAAAUCCCACCGUUAUCUAUUUACGACAGCACAGAGCCCUUAUUGAGAAACCUCAUUGCUUUCGAGCAGUGUUGUCCUUCCAUUGAGCGUCGUCACAUCACAUCUUAUGCCUUUCUUAUGGAUUCGCUCAUUGAUUCUGCUGCUGAUGUCGAAUUGCUCGAAAAGAAUAACAUUAUAAAUAAUUGUUUGGGUGCCAGUGAAGAUGCCUCGGUUCUGUUCAACAAUAUCUGCAAGGAUGUUGUAUUAGAAGAGUUCGAUUUUGAAAAACCGCGCAAUGAUGCGGAGAGUCACUGCAGGCGUCUGUGGCCGAGAUUUAUAACAUCGUUGAAACGCGAUUACUUCUCUAACCCGUGGUCGGUUAUCGCUGUUGUUGCAGCCUUUGUCUUGUUCGCCAUUGCAGUGGUGCAGGCAGUCUACGCACUCCUAACCUAUUACGGAGUAGAAUAUGGAACUGUGAGAGAGUUGCAUGAUAUGCAUUCAGUGUUAUGAAGUAUGUUUGAUUGUCCACCUUCCUAGCUAGAAGUUGGAGCAAGAAGUUGAAAACAUGGGUUCAAUAAUCGCUGCAAGUCACUAUAAGUUUGAAUGAAAUUGUUGUAUUGUAUUUAAUGUUUUUAUAUUGUCAAGUUUAUCUAUAUGUAUUUCAGAGUCGCAAGUGUGCGAGUAAGAAGAAGAAUAAGGGAGUGAGAGUCUGAGAGAGAAUAAUUUCUUCUCUUGUAAGUUAUUAUUUGUUUCUGUUUGUUUGAGUCAAAUAUAAGUGUGUUUUUCAGAUUAGAAAAUCUUUCUCCAUAAGUGGUUUGAUA